GUGGUUGUAGAUCUCAUAUAAUAGAUGGAGAGGGAAAAAAUUGCUCAAACACCUCUGUAUUUGUCUUUUCAGUGAUUUAAGUGACUUUGAACACGAAGGCAUUUUAUGUCAACCAGCAGUUCAAAAAUAAUUCCCUGCUGAAGAACUCUUAAGCAAAAGUUAAAUAUGAAAGUUUCAAUGCUUUUCAGCUCCUACAAUAGAAAUGGAUAUGAAAUGCCUGUAGCAAAAUGUUAAAACCAGACUUUUAACUUCUUUUGUCCAUAAAAGUGUUUGCAAAUAUAUUUUAAGUGGAAAGGUUAAGUGUUCUUUUCAUAGACUUUUAAAUUGUAGUUGUUUCUGUAAUUUCAGUUCUCUCACAGGUUGCUUCCUCCUCCCUUCUUGUUUAGUCAUGAGUCAGCACGAACAACUUAAGAACUUUUUUCUGUGGAAAUUCAUAAAGGUGGCUGGUGACAAACGGCGUACUUUGUUCUGCACAAUUGCACUCUGCCAGUUUCACAACUCCUGCUGCUGCUGCGUACAGUGUAACGUUGGAACUUCCUCUAAUAACAUAUUAUCUUGGUGGAAAGAAAGGGAGUAGCAAAAGACUGCCAUACUGACAUGGCCAAAUAUUGUUGGGUGUGCCACUUUCUGCCCCUCCCUUUAUUAUCCCCUUUGAAAAGGCAGUUUUUGUUUGGGAGGAUAUACAAGUACAGGUGCAGUUCUUUUCUGCUGAUCCUCUGCAGUCCUACUAAGCAAAUACUCAUGCUGUUCUCUAAACAGGUUUACUUGUCGAGAGAAAAAAGAUGAGUUCGUAGUCUAGGGCAGCACAUAAUAGGCUUGGCUUCUAGUGAUUAGCAGGUAGAAAGUUCAUGUUUAUAUACUGCUUCUGCUGCAGAAUCUCAGGAGAAGAACUCAAGUUUUUGGAAUAUCAACAGGUAAGUGCCACAUUUGUGAUUGGCAGAGGUGUCUGCUUGCUGGUUCAGAUGGGCUUGUCCCCAGGUGCAUUUAGUUUCCUGAUGGGCAGCCAGAGUGUUCUCAGUGCAGCUUUUCUGAGCAAAGACCGCUGGUUGCAGCAUGGCCUUGUUUCCCUUGAGCUACUGGUACCAGGCACAGCUCAUAAGAAAACUACAGUUCCCUUCACCAGCUGCAGCUUGGACUUGGGAAGAAAUUGUGGUGUCAUGACACAGAAGCAUGAGAUGGACCAGGCAAGUAUUUCAAGCAGAGUGAAUGUGAACUGAUAGCUCUGCCACAACUUUACAGAGCUUUAGGUAGGAAAGCAAGCUCUGGACCAGGAGGUCACUAAAGUAUGAAUUACUGGAACUUAGAAACAUAUAGGAGUAGUCACUCUCUAUCUGCCUUUUACUUAUAUUACUUCUGGUAAAACCUGUAUCUGCUUGUGACCACUCUUGGAGACAGGUUGCUAGGCUUUGUGUAUCUUACCUGUCCGAUUGUUCUUACAGCACUCGCACGUACUCCUGAACGGAUUUCAGACACAUAGAGGGAGCCAAAACUGAUGCUAGGAGAAAAUAGAGAUUGUUCACUGGUUAUUGCCAUCUAAGAGGCACUAAUGAUCUCGGGCACAAUUAAUGAUGUAUGUAAGUCCUCAUCAUUUUACAAGGCAAAAGGGGGAUAGGUCUACCAGGCAAAGACAUCUGUCUUCCCCCUCCCUUAUUUCAUGAAACUGUUUAAUGAUGUCCAAGGUUCUUUGUUAAAGGUCUGCUUUUGUGCUGUGUGAGUGAUUUCCAGUCCUAACUGGAAAAAUAACGGCAAACAGGCAAGUCCCACACUGCCUCUCAUACAGGGCUGUUUUCCUUAGGUGUUCAGAGCUUGUCUUCUGAGGGUGCUGGUGAUGUGUCUGUGUUAGUGCUGCUCUGGCACAGACUUCCAGAUCUCCCCUUGCAGAAAGGUGGGGACUUUCAAAGUGAACAGAAGAUCUGUCUCCAUUUUUCUGCUUAGUAUGUGGUUCUUUCACACUUAAUCAUCAUCUCUGAAAAUUACUUCCUUUCCAGUACAGAGUAAAGGGUCGAAAGUGAAAGACAGUGGUCCCCUUAUUCUUCUAAUACUUUGAUCCAUUUCUCUCUAGACAGUCAGGCUGCCUCCUGGCAUCUCUGUGACAACAGCGUGGUAGCAAGAAAAUAAGGUAUCUUAACUCUGUGAUUGUAGUGCCUGCUGAAUGCAUGUCACUGCAGGAAUAGGAGCCUGAUCUGAACUCUGUAUUCACUGGAGGAAGAAUAGCAGCUGCCAGGGCACAAUGCUUAAAUAUCCUCACAGGCUGCGAGACCUCCAUACUGAGCUCUUUAUUGUGGGUAAGUGUGUAAAGUCUUUGACGGUAUAUGGCAAUAUCUUCAGUCAGCAAGAGGAUAGAUACUUAAAGGGUUCUGAUAAAGAUUCCCAGUGGCAAGGAGUUGAUGUGCUCACAAAGACAGAAGAAAGCUUAGUGAAGUGGAAGCGUGUAAUGUGUAAAUAGCUCAUGGCUUCAGGUGUGAGCAAAGGCUCUGUUGAUGACUUCAUAACUUAAAGUUGCAUAACAUCACUCCAUUUUCUUAAACUGCUGAUUCUGAUAGUGUCCAACACUGUUACAAGGUGUGUGGGGGGUUGGGGUUUGUUUUUGGUUUUUUUUGAACUAAAUUACGAAAUUUUGGUUUGCCUCAUCUGUCUGUUUUCUCAGUGCUCUUGGUGAAUAAGGUGAAAUAAAUGUGUUGAUGGCGAGGUUAGCAGAAAUGGAGAGGAAAGAAGGAGCAAAAGCUUCUGAAGUAGGCUGGGAAUAACAAGAAUGGAGGAACGUGAGCUCAGAAGCUUCUGGACAAGAAUUUAUAUAGUGCCACGUUGGUGAGGCACUGAAACGUUGCAGGCAUCAUCAUCGGUCCUUUCACUUCUGCUCCUCAGCCUACAGCAGGAAGGCAGUUUUUGCUAAUCCCUGACACAGCCUAUAAAUGCUUCUGGCAGCAUAUAAAGCUUAGUGAGGCUAACAGUGCAGUACGUGCAAAUCGGUUUGGUUAUUUAGUGACAGUCUAUUGAUUUCUGGCGAGAAAAGAAGUAACCUGCUUUCCCUUGUGUUCUGUCUGCAUAAAGUCACGUAGCAUGGGUCCGCGUUAUUUGCAUCACCUAGAAUCAUGUCUCGCUUAAAACUCCCACUGACCUACUCCUUUUCCUCUUUUCUGCAGGUAGUCCUCAUGCCCAUGCUCCCAAUUUUCUGGCCAAAUUCAAGGUGCUUAUUCCUGGUUAGCUGCAGACGGGACGUAGUGCACCUUGCUCAUGCUGUGAUACACUGCUAUCACUUAACAUGAGAUUAUGCCCUCUUAAUUUCAUAGCUAUGUAUUGAAUAUCAUUUCAGACAAAUACUGUUGAAUAAACAAACUCUGUAUAGCUAAAGAAAGGAAAUACUUUUAAGAAUUCUCUCUGGCAUUAGAUGUCUCCACAGUGCCCUUAUUUACCUAUUUAUCUCUUUGGCUCUGGAAAAAUCUCCUGCUGUAGGAGAAAGGUGUAGGAACAAGUCAAAAUAUGAAUUUGCAUCUCGAGCACUCUCUCCCAAACUGCUGAUCUAUAGUCUAUCCAGCAAAUCUGGUUUAUGGGGCAUUAUCAGAUUCUGAGUACUGCUGCUUGUUUGACUACUUUUAAGCAAAUUCAGCUCCAUGGCUGAAAACAGACAUCUCUGUUAGAGAUGUUAGGGGACAUGUAAAAGGGGUUGAUGUUUCCAGACAUGUCAAGGUAGAUGCCAGAUUUUCUCUCUAAUCUCUAAAGUAGAAGGCAAGCAUUUUGGAUAAAUGGUGGCAGAACCAGUAUAUUGUAGAAUUAAACCCCUUAUAUUGCCAUUGGUAGCCAAGUGGAAGUUGUAGAUUGAUGCUCUUCCCAAACGUGUGCAUUCUGAUCGCUGCCGCUCCACAGAAAGCGGCAGAGUACCAGCUUCCUUACUUUCCAUGUGUGAAAGCAUCCUUAUUAGUUCCAAUAAGCAGGACAGUGAUAAGAACCUAAUGUAUUGAUGAAUCAGCAACCAGAUAAUCCAAGCAGAUAAAUUUUAGCUCAAAGUCUUAGAACAAAAAAUGUUGCUGCUUUAGUGUUUCAUGAUCUGUGGUUGUGUGUGUGUGUGUGGGGGGAUUUUUUUUGUUAGCAGUUGUCUAAAAAGCAAAGAGAAUCUCAUGCUGAUGUUUUAUAGAGCUGGUUUAUAAGAGUGUGGAGUGUGUGUGUGCAGUUUGUUUUUCUUCCUGUAAUGGAAAAGUUAGAGAUGGUAUUUCUUACUUUUUCAAAGUUCUAGUGGUUCAGACAAACUGAUUUUUAAUGAACAAGAUAGAGCUAAUAAACUGAAUUUUUUUCCUACAGAUUUUGUUGACUUCCAGGAGAUGUCACUGCUAUGCUGCUUCAUGUGCAUUUUCUGUCCAAUAAAAGCUAGUGGCGGAAUAAAGAGGGUUUUUUUACUAUUAGAUUCCUCACAUUACUAACAAAAUUCUGGCCUUACUUAAUAGUCUUCCUGUUAUGAUUUUGGUUAGAGAAGUCUGGAAACUGUUUUUUUUUAUUUUUUUCACUUUGGGUUUUUUGUUUUCAAUUGAGCAAGUUUUUGAAGUAUAUAAUUUUGCAGCUAUAAAGAAUGGGUCUCUUGCUUUCAUUUCCUGGUUCUUCCAGUAUUCAGCUGUAGUGCCAUAGGAUAUUUCCUUUAAUUUGUAUAUGCUUCAGUUUUCCUCUAUGCAGAAACACAUACUUUUCUUUUCAGAAAUGUUACAAGAUAUGAAUAACACUUAUUAUAGAAAAGUUAAAAGGUUCAGUGGAGCAGCAAGUGACCUCACCUGCAUCACUUAAUGGCAAGACAAACUGCAUGAAAUCUGAAAUUGCACUGCAAUUUCAGCAAUCUAAAAAUAAACUCAAAAUGGAAGAUAGACUUUUUUUUUUUCUUUGCAGAUUUCUCCAAAGUGAAGUGAGUACGUCUUUGAUAGUGUUUGUCUGCCUGUCUCAUGACAUGCCAGAGAACCUGCAAUUUCAGGUCAAGUUGUCUUCUGCAUGUAUCCUGCCAGAAAUGAGUUCACAUCAUCAGGAACAAUGCGGGAGACCUUCAAUAAAAGACAUGAAACUUGUCCUUUGGUGUGAGCACUGUGCCUGUUAUACCAGUACUUGACCAAUUUCUGUCUCAUUUAAAACAAAUCAAAACAAAACAAACGCACCUAGUAUGUUGGAUUUCCCAUGGUAUUAGCAAAGGGCUGGCCUUUUUAUUUGACUGACUGGGAGGAUUUGAACUUGGCAUAUUUUAGCAAGGAAAGCUUGAAAAGAAGAAUGUGUUCUUGGCUGCCUUGCAGAAGUGUUAAAACUGCACUUAAUUUCUUGUCUGCUUGAUUUAUCUUUGUCCUUCGAAGUUGAUUCAAUAGAAUACUUCAAUGUUAGAGCCUUUUGCCAGCAGUGAACUGGAGUAGGCUACAGCUCCUUUCUACUCGAAAGAAUUAACUGAUUUGUCGUGUUGCUGUUGCUGUAUUGCUGCAGGACUAUUUCAAAUACCUGGUUCCUCAGCUGGUGGAAACGACUAUGACAUCGAGACUCGGAGCGCUGUGAUGUCGUCACUAUUCAGUUCACUUGAAUUUUUCUGAGUAGAGAGAGGCUUUUCUUUUUUUCCACUCCUGGUUGAAAGCCACUGCUCUGUUUAUAGGAUGAGUAUCUCUUUGUCUGAGAUCCAGUCGCCAUUUAUUCUUUCCUUGAUAACACCUGAAGAUGGGACUUCUUUUCUUUCCGGUGUAAACAAGAAACUUGGAGAGCCUGUGACAACCCAGCCAGCCGGCACGGUUGGCAUGUCUGCUAUCACAACAGUUAUGUGGACGGGCGGAGGUUGGAGCACUGGCCUCUUCGAUGUCUGCAGUGACAAGAAAAUUUGUGUCUGCGGUGCCCUGUGCAGCCCGUGUCUGGAGUGCAGCCUGGCCCCGCGCGCCGGGGAGUGCUUGUGUUUCCCGCUGCUGCCGGGCUCCACCUUGGCAUUAAGAGUUGGCACCAGGGAGAAAUACAAAAUACAAGGAACCAUUUAUGAAGACUGGAUAGCAGUUUACUGCUGCUGGCCUUUUGCUGUCUGUCAAGUGGCCCGAGAACUGAAGAGGAGGGCUAUGACCCAGAUCUGUGAAAUAAAUGCUACUCCUUUAGCUGAAGAUGUCCUAGUUAAAAAAAUUCCCAGCAAGGGAGCCUGAGUCAUGAUUCUUUCUAUCCAUCCAUUCCUUCUCCCUCGCCACCCACAAUGCAAAAUGCCUUGCUUUUAAAAAUAAAAUGCAUGAGUACUUUAUAGCAGUCUUUCUACUGCUUCUUGUCGCAUUCGGUAUGUUACACCCUGACGUAAUGCCCAGUGACCUGCUCUUUCUGCAGUCUAGUAUUAAAACUGUUUACUGAUGCAGCAAUGGCUUGAAAGCAUGAACCGAAGUUGUGUUCUUUGCCUAGACCUGUGAUCUGAUAACGCAGUGCAGAACACUUUAAUCGAUGGGAACAGCAGUGACCAAAUCAUUCUGCUGCUCAAGAGAUUUUAUAGCAAUAGGAUGAAGGGGUAGUAACACAGUGCUGUGGUGAGAGGGGAGGCUGGAAGCAGGACAGGAGUUCCCUUCCCUGCGCUGUGAUUGUCCGUGCUUCUGACUCACUUGUGCCCCAUUUAAAAAAGAAAUAAUCUAACUUGCUCUCUUUUUAUCCAGAGAUUUCAAAGCACUUUAAACACUGGCCCCUCUAAAGCUUGGUGCUAAGUGUUACUGUUAUGUUUGGUUGUAGGUUACUACUGGAGAUGAAUGACAACAAUUGAAAAUAGUAGCUCUAGGUCAGACUGGCUGGAUUUCUGAACUCAAGUCGCCGUCCCAAAUCAGCAGGAAUUCGGCUAGUGAAGCGGGGCUGAGCUCCUUGUUCCCUGUCUUUGCUACCAAAUAACUUUCCU